UUAGAAAUGUCCAGCAUUACAACGUCAUAUUUUGCCGUCGCGCACUGCAUUUCCUGGGCAAUGGCCUACAUUUCAACCGGAAGCGAUUAUAUAACUUUGGCUAGCCCGAAUCGUGGUGGUUGCGGCAUCCCCAAUGUAAUCCGAGGCCAGUACAUAGAUCCAGAAAAGUUCAUGGGUACAUGGUAUUCUUACCUGGUGUACUUUCCAAAUAUCAUCCCGGAAUCCAUUCCUAUUAACACGAUUAAUUAUUACACUAGUCUGGGAAGAGGUCAUUUUCCUACGACCGACAUCCCGGCAUAUAUUGCCACACAGGAGCAGGUGUUCUAUAAACAAGAUAAUGACACUUCUUGUCAAUAUCUGAACGAAGCGUGUUAUUUUACGGUUGAUGGACGGCAGAUCGGAAUAUACUUCAAUCGCACCAAUACUGACCAGCCUGUCAGCAUCGAUAACUCUAUUUUCUGGACAACCGAUUACGACAGCAUGGUUUUCUUCCAUUCCUGUUUCAUAGCUAACUGGGACACGGGCGUGUGUGAUUAUCCAUAUCUCUACGUCAACACACGGAAAAAGCCACAAGAGUUGAACUCAAAAGAAAAGCGCAAAAUUGCCGAUGCAGUUAACUUUCAUACACGAUCGUACUGUUUGGAUAUUUCGGAUUUUUUGCCCUUCCCGUGGGUCGAUGCCUUGCCUCCAUGUCCCCGCAAUAUGCAAGACGAUUGUUUCCAGACUAUACUGCCAGCCUUCCAAGCCAAUUUAGAAGAUACAGAUUAACUGCAAAUUCAUUAGUUAAUUGUGGUACCAUGAAAUGGUGGAACCGUAACGUACAGCUUUGUUUAAGUAAUUCUUUUGGCUGAAUCCAAGUAGUACUUACGAAUACCAGUUAGGUGCAUUAUACGAGCCGUAGAUGCCGUUUAGCCGGCGAACGUACAUAAAGUGGUAAUUUGCCGACGAUUCCAUUUCACAACAC